GGAGGAGGAGGCGCGAGACAGGGUUGAUCAGCGACAUCUAUAGCCCUGGAACUGCGCGGGCUUGGAGGCAGCUCCAGGAGCCCCUCCGUCACAUCUUCAUCUGACAAGCUGGUGACCAAGAUGCCCAGAGACUAGUGCCCAUGCUUGUGCGUCACUUUAGACAGUCAGCAGACGCAGCAAGCCUCCAAUCUUCCUGACCUUAGGGACACUUCCCUUCACUGCUCCUGACGUCUGCCCGGUCAACUCUGGCUUCCUUAGAGAGCAAGGAAGGGGCGGGGACACAUGAAAUCAUGCCACCCAAGGUCGAAUGGCAAUGAGCAGGUGACGCCAAGUUGACGUCAAAGACAGAGACGACAGGAACUCUGCAGCCAGCUCUUGUCCCCGAGUCAUCUCAGCUUGGAGGUCUUCUGAAGGACACGGACGGACACCAUGGAAGAGCAGACAUUUGGGGUUCAGCAGAUCCAACCGAACGUCAUUUCUGUCCGUCUCUUCAAACGCAAAGUCGGGGGUCUGGGCUUCCUGGUGAAGGAACGGGUCAGCAAGCCACCCGUGAUCAUCUCAGACCUGAUUCGAGGAGGUGCCGCGGAGCAGAGUGGCCUUAUCCAAGCCGGAGACAUUAUUCUUGCCGUCAAUGGCCGGCCUCUGGUGGACCUCAGCUAUGACAGCGCCCUGGAGGUACUUAGGGGCAUUGCCUCAGAGACCCACGUGGUCCUCAUUCUGAGGGGUCCCGAGGGCUUCACUACACACCUGGAGACCACCUUCACAGGGGACGGGACCCCCAAGACCAUCCGGGUGACCCAGCCCCUGGGCCCCCCCACCAAAGCUGUUGAUCUGUCCCACCAGCCGUCAGCCAGCAAAGAGCAGCCGUUAGCAGCAGACAGGACCCCAGGUCCUGGUAAUGGGCCUCAGCAUGCCCAAGGCAAUGGACAGGAAGCCGGCUCAGUCUCCCAGGCCAAUGGUCUGACCAUUGACCCUUCAAUGAAAAGUACCAAGGCCAACCAACAGGACAGGGGGGAGUGUGACGAACUGCUCAAAGAGAUAGAACCUGUGCUGAGCGCCCUCAACAGCGGGGGUAAGACAGUCAACAGAGGGGGACCAGCCAAAGCAGAGAUGAAAGACACAGGAGUCCAGGUGGACAGAGACCUCGAUGGCAAACCGCACAAAGCUCUGCCCCUGGGCGGGGAGAAUGACCGCGUCUUCAAUGACCUGUGGGGGAAAGGCAACGUCCCUGUGGUCCUCAACAACCCGUAUUCAGAGAAGGAACAGCCCCCUGCCUCGGGGAAACAGUCUCCUACCAAGAAUGGCAGUCCUUCCAGGUGCCCCCGCUUCCUCAAGGUCAAGAACUGGGAGACAGACGUGGUCCUUACCGACACCCUUCACCUUAAGAGCACGUUGGAAACGGGGUGCACGGAGCACAUCUGCAUGGGCUCUAUCAUGCUGCCAUCCCAGCACACGCGAAAGCCGGAAGAUGUCCGCACAAAGGACCAGCUCUUCCCACUAGCCAAAGAAUUUCUCGACCAAUACUACUCAUCCAUUAAGAGGUUUGGCUCCAAGGCCCACAUGGACAGGCUGGAGGAGGUGAACAAGGAGAUCGAAAGCACCAGCACCUACCAGCUCAAGGACACCGAGCUCAUCUAUGGCGCCAAGCAUGCCUGGCGGAAUGCCUCUCGGUGUGUGGGCAGGAUCCAGUGGUCCAAGCUGCAGGUGUUUGAUGCCCGAGACUGCACCACAGCCCAUGGCAUGUUCAACUACAUCUGUAACCACGUCAAGUACGCCACCAACAAAGGGAACCUCAGGUCGGCCAUCACCAUAUUCCCUCAGAGGACUGACGGCAAGCAUGACUUUCGAGUGUGGAACUCACAGCUCAUCCGCUAUGCUGGCUACAAGCAGCCCGACGGCUCCACCUUGGGGGACCCAGCCAACGUGCAGUUUACAGAGAUCUGUAUACAGCAGGGCUGGAAAGCCCCUAGAGGCCGCUUCGACGUCCUGCCGCUCCUGCUCCAGGCCAACGGCAACGACCCCGAGCUCUUCCAGAUCCCCCCAGAGCUGGUGCUGGAAGUACCCAUCAGGCACCCCAAGUUUGACUGGUUCAAGGAUCUGGGACUCAAAUGGUAUGGCCUCCCCGCCGUGUCCAACAUGCUGCUGGAGAUUGGGGGCCUGGAAUUCAGCGCUUGUCCCUUCAGCGGCUGGUACAUGGGCACAGAGAUUGGCGUUCGUGACUACUGCGACAACUCUCGGUAUAACAUCCUGGAGGAAGUAGCCAAGAAGAUGGAUCUGGACAUGAGGAAGACAUCCUCACUGUGGAAGGACCAGGCACUGGUGGAGAUCAACAUUGCUGUUCUCUACAGCUUCCAGAGUGACAAGGUGACCAUCGUUGACCACCACUCUGCCACUGAGUCCUUCAUCAAGCACAUGGAAAAUGAGUACCGCUGCAGAGGGGGCUGCCCCGCAGACUGGGUGUGGAUUGUGCCCCCCAUGUCAGGAAGCAUCACCCCUGUCUUCCACCAGGAGAUGCUCAACUAUCGACUCACCCCAUCCUUUGAAUACCAGCCUGAUCCAUGGAACACCCAUGUGUGGAAGGGCACCAAUGGGACCCCCACAAAGCGGCGAGCCAUUGGCUUCAAGAAACUGGCAGAAGCCGUCAAGUUCUCAGCCAAGCUGAUGGGGCAGGCCAUGGCCAAGAGGGUCAAAGCGACCAUCCUCUAUGCCACGGAGACAGGCAAAUCACAAGCCUAUGCCAAGACCCUGUGCGAGAUCUUUAAGCAUGCCUUUGAUGCCAAGGCCAUGUCCAUGGAGGAGUACGACAUUGUCCACCUGGAGCAUGAAGCCCUGGUCUUGGUGGUCACCAGCACCUUUGGCAACGGAGACCCCCCUGAGAAUGGGGAGAAAUUCGGCUGUGCUUUGAUGGAGAUGAGGCACCCCAACUCUAUGCAGGAGGAGAGGAAGUACCCGGAACCCUUGCGUUUCUUUCCCCGUAAAGGGCCUACCCUCCCCCAUGCUGACUCUAAAACGCACAGUCUGGUUGCUGCCCGUGACAGCCAGCACAGGAGCUACAAGGUCCGAUUCAACAGUGUCUCCUCCUAUUCUGACUCCCGCAAGUCAUCAGGCGACGGACCCGACCUCAGAGACAACUUUGAAAGUACUGGACCCCUGGCCAAUGUGAGCUGCAGGAAGGAUGGCUGGAAACAGUUUCUCUGGGUCUGGGUACCAAAAAUGACAAUGACGCUGAUGACGAUGGUGAUGAUGGUGAUGAAGAACAUGAACUAUAGCUUGGGAUCAGAGCCGAAGCUGGGGGAGCGGUUCAGGGGUGACCGGGCAGCACCCGAGGACAAGAGAUGUGGUCACUGGAGAUGGGGCUUUGAGAGGCCAGAUUGA